GUCCGCAGUGCGUGCCGACCGGCUGGCGAUACGGCAGCUGCGCCAACUUGGAUCACCCGUGGCAGAGCGGGUGGACGCCCUCGUGCUGCGUCGUGCCGCACGCCUCUCCACACGAUCCACGCUUCCAUCAGCACCCGCAUCAUGUCCCACACACCCCACAGCCUCAACGCCGCAGUUACGUAGACAGCCGCACAGCCUCUAGAGCCGCAUCGCGCGCCGCCUCGCCAGCUAUGAGUGUGCGCUCGCGCACUUCGCGGAGAACAAAACAUCGAACUCCGUCGCCUCCACCCCUUCCCUCUAGUGAUGCUGACUCUGAAAGCAACGUAGACAGCGAUGACGCUCCAGAACCAAAUAUAGUUACCGAAAGUGUAGAGGAUUCCCUAGGCCCCGUACCACCGCCCUCCGACGUGACAUGGCAAUGCGAACAUUGCACGUUUGUCAAUGAACCCGGGGUGCGGGUUUGUGCUGUUUGCUGUCGCACGCCGACUGUCGCGCCGAAAGCUGUGGCUGAAUUGGGAGAAAAGGUGGAAAAGAUUAAAAUAGCGAAUAUUACUUCAACGCCGGUGGCUCGAGCUUCCAAGGAAGAUGUCAGAAUUGAACAGAAUGGUUUGAAAAAAUCUUCUCGUAAUAAAAGAGAGCGAUCAUCAAUAGCGUGUGGCCCAUCUCCGCCUCAAGAAGAGAAGAAAGUAACAAAACCAAUAAAUCGUCUCGUAACUCCAACUCGUGAUCAAAAUGAAUGCGAUCGACCAGAACAGCCACGAGAACGACAUGACAUGGCAGUCGGACCAUCUCCACCAAAGGACGUCGGAAGCGCAUUGAAUAAUGCAAAUACUAGGAUAUCGCCGGCACAGGAAAACAAUAAAAGAUCGAACGCCUCGUCUAAUGUUUGUCAUCAAUCAAAUGUUUCGAGUAAUGGUUCACCAAAACUGCACAGUGUCUCUGUGGGACCUUCACCACCACGAGACAAUAAAACACACGCUGAAUCUAACUCCGCUUCAAAUAUUCAAAAAAAGUCCACUGGAACCUCGCCUCCUCGCAUCAUAACAGCAGCCGAGAAAAUUUCGUCAAUGGCAUCGAAAUCUAAAGUAUCAAACACUGGCACAUCGCCACCGCCGCAAAGCAUUUCUACACAGACAUAUGAAGUACCAAAUUCAUGGGAGCGUACGCCGUCAGUACCGCGGUCGCGUUCACGUCGUCGUUUCAGAGAGGAGGCGCGUCGCGAGCGCUCUCACAGCAGACACUCACUAUCGAGUGAUACACGAGAAAGCGAUAGGAGUGUAAGAACUGUGGGUGCGAGUGUGGGUCGAUGGGAGUGGCGGGACCGUGACAACAGCCCGGGCGGCGAGUGGAGCGAGACUUCUCGUCUGUCGCGGCGCGCCUCGCAUCUCGACCUGCGCCGGGCUCGCCCGCACCGCCGCUCUGGAUACUAUGACUCCGGAGCAGCAUCACCAGAACCAAGUGGAACGACUCGUGCAACAUCAUUGGAAGCACUCGCAGUAGCGGGAUCCAGGCGAGAGGCGGAGCGAGGUCUCGAGCUUGCCAAAUUAAUGACUGAGGCUGAGCGACUAGGGUUUAGUGCGGCGGAAGUGCAGGCUGCCCUGGCGCAAAGCCCAGCGGCUCCUCUGGCUUGGUUGCGUUCCCGGUGGCCGACUCUCUGUGCCGGUGUGCGAGCGGCAGCCAUGCGGCUCGCUCCAGACAUUACCGUGUCAGAGCUGGAAGUUCGUGCAGCACUCGCGCGACACCGUGGUGCCAUGUGGCCGGCCGUCACCGAAUGUGUAGAAAAACAUCGCCGACGGGUGGAGAGCAGUAGCUUUGGAGAAGAGGGCCGAAUGCGCGGGCGUGUGUGGGGCUCGCCGGCCGGCGCGGACGACGACGCGGCGCCGCCGCAAGGUUCGUCGCGGCGCUCGUCCCGCGCGCGCGCUGAAGAUAGCUCUGAUGAGUUUGACGCACCUAUGCGGCCCAAGUUUCAAGACGACGAUUGGAUGUAUCUUCCUUUGGACGUAAACGUAAAGUACACACGCGACGCGGAACCGAAUCCCAGUUUACAGAGUGGAUACCUGUACGAUGUCCCGCCCGACGAUGCUAAUGAUGUUGAUCGAUCCCUAAAGAGCCUUCUCAACUGGCCGUCUGCUGACGAACAAGUUUUGCAAAGUUUAGUUUCAGAUAACGCUUUGUUUAAAUUGGGAGAAAGUGAUGAUUUUAUUAAUAAUAAUCUAAACCCCUUUGAUUUAGUGCAAACUGAGAGUGACUUUAUUGAUGCUUAUAAUGCUUUAACGCGAGCCAGUCCAUUGCCGGCAAUAAGUAAGUCGACACAGAAGUCAACUGCUGCGGCGAAUGAAGCAUUAGGUCCCCCACAAGAAGCACAUGUUUUACAUGAAAAGCAGCAAAUACUGGGUGACCGAUUAGUAAGUGAGCGCGAACAACGUACCUCAAAUAUUAACAAUGAAGUCGUACCACCAAGAAAUAAUCCUACAGAAAAUAAAAGUCAAGAAAGCAAUUAUAAAAAAACGAUUAUCCAGCAUCAGAAUAACAUUAAAAAUGCCGCUGAGGCUGAGAAUCUUGAAACAUUUAAUAACGAACAAUCUGUUUCAAAAAUUAAAAUUUUACAAGAUAAUACAACAUCCAACAUUAUCACAGAGACUGAACCUACUUCACAGGUUGAUGAUAAAUCGAAGAAACUUAAUGAUUUAGUGGAUAAUACACAAAAACUCAUACAGCAAAUGAAGGAUGAAAUAAAUUCAGACAUAAAUUCGCUUGAUAGUAGAAAUAUUUCUGAAACUGAACACGAGAGUAGCUCAAAUGACGAACAAGAAAGUAGUUAUAGCGAUACCGAAGAAAACGAUGACACGGAAAAUAUAAGUUCAGAAGAAAAAGAUAUGUCUACCAGUGAGGAUGAGACGAACAUACAAUCUGAAAAGCAAGGAGCACCCCUAGUCAGAACUAGUUCGGAAGAUACCGAACAAUAUGAAGAAGCACUUGAUAAUUUAGACGGUCAAAUCAAAGAUUUUAAAAAUACUAAUAUUCAAAUAUUAGAUUCAAUAGCUAAAAGUUUGCAAGAUGACCAACCAGUUUCAAUAGAAAUGAAUAACCCAAAAAUAACCCGGUCAGGAAAAGAAGAUGCUAAUAAUAACUUAUUUGUAGAAGUUAAUUCUUUCGAAGAGAUAUAUGCAGAAUUGAAUUCCACCAUUGAAUUAAAUAACGCGUCGAAUAAUCAAGUCAAAUUUACAAAAGAAGAAAUUAAUGAAACAUUGCCAGAUAUAAGAGUAAUUGCAAAAGAGGCAGUUAACAUUUCAUUAUUUAUACCCGAAGCACCAACUAAAUUAGUAAUUUAUGAGAAUGUUUACCCUAUAAUGAAUGCUGUGUUAGAAAAUAUUGAGGAAGAUACAACAAAUAACGUUCAAAAGCUCAACGCCAAUGAAGGACAGAUACAAAAUGAGAAUGAAAUUAAUAAUAAUGGCUCAACUAAUCAAAUUGCAGUAACAGAUGCAGAACCUAUAACAGAAAAUGUUCUACAACAAAUAGAAAAUGAAAUACAUAUUGAUAUACCUGAAACGGAAAAUAGAGCAAGUAUUCAAUCUCAGCGGGAAAAUGCAACAACAAAUAUAAUAGAGGGACCAGAAACUGCAAAUGUAAAUAUUGGAUUAGUAACAGAAAAUAUAGUACUCGAUCAUAAAUUAGAAAAACAAAAUACAACCGUGGAAUCAAAUACGGAUAAUUCAAAUCAAAAUUUAGAAAUUGCAGAAAAAGCGAAAAAUGUUGAAAUUUUAAAUCCUACCCCACCUCCUACUUAUAACGUAAAUAUUCAAAAUAUUAUACUCGAUAAUACAAGGAUUGAACAAAAUCAAAUAAGUAGUUCUGAAGUUCCUAAUAAUAUUUCAAUUUCAAACAACAAUUACCCAACAGAACCUACAGAUGGAGAAGCUAAAUUCAUUAAUGACAGCAAUGAGUCUACCGUGAAAUCCACUGGGGUUACUGAACCCGUUACUGCCAGCAAAAAUCUUCUGAAAUCCAACAUACCAAAGCCUAUAAGAACAAUUCAAAAUAAUAAUAAAUCUAAAAUUGAAAAGAAUGCGCCUAAGUUUGUCGUUUCAAAGGUACCUAUAAGAAGAAUUUCACUUAAACAAUAUCCGGCGCCAUCUCCUCCAAAAUCCCAUUUCGGUAACAUUCAAAGCGGUCACGUAAAGCAAUUACAAACUAGGCUUUUUAAUGCCAAGCCAAAGGUAGAACCAAGUCCACCUGAAACUACAGAGAUGAAACCAACAACAUCCACUAUGAACAAGAAAAAGCCUGCACCACCCCCGCCUCUGCCACAGCCGGCACAAAGACAAUUACCGACAUCACCGACAAUAUCACCAGUAAAAGAUAAAAAAAACAGCUUCUUCCGCGAAACCUGCCGCACGGAAGAUGAAUGGACUGACAGUGAUUCUGACGACUCACAAAGACAUAUUAUUAGAAAAUCUGCCGAAGAAGAACCAAGUACGCCAUUAAGCCCUCCACCGCCUAUCACGUUACGUCGAGUCUCCGGCCAGCUUAUAGAUUUAGCUAAAGUCCGUCUUCCUGAAGGUUCCCCUGAGAGACAAGCCCGUAUGCUACUUGCUGAAGGAGCAACCGAAAGAUGGGAUCAAGCUCAACUGGCAGUUGAGUUAAUAUCCCGAGGGACGGAGCCAUCAGCAGCGUUGAUGGCCGCGCUAGAAUGUACUGACCUCGAUGCUGCACUUGCCUAUUUACACCAGGAUUGCGAGCUUUGUGCAUCAAGACUUCCUGAACACGAAAUGGUGUCAAUGUUACGUUGCACACAUCGAUGCUGUCGUGAAUGCGCUCGUCACUAUUUCACAGUGCAAAUCACAGAACGAAGCAUUGCCGAUUGUGUGUGCCCUUACUGCAAAGUUCCAGAUUUGGAAAAUCUUCCCGAGGACGCCUGGCUAGAGUAUUUUGCACAUUUGGAUAUACUUUUAAAAACAUUAUUAGGAACUGAAGUACACGAACUAUUUCAAAGAAAGCUACGUGAUAGAACCUUGGCUCGUGAUCCAAACUUCAGAUGGUGCAUGGAAUGCGCUUCGGGUUUCUUUGUUCAUCCAAAACAAAAGAAGGUGCGAUGCCCCGAGUGUCGCGCUGUGAGCUGCGCAUCCUGUCGGAAACAGUGGACAGCAAAUCACGAAGGUUUAACAUGCGAUCAAUAUACCACUUGGUUAGAAGACAACGACCCUGAAAAAUCUGUUUCCGUUAUACAACAACAUUUACGAGACAAUGGAAUUGAAUGCCCUCGAUGUCACUUUAAAUACUCUCUAUCCAGGGGCGGCUGUAUGCACUUCACAUGUACUCAAUGCAAAUUUGAAUUUUGCUAUGGAUGUGGAAAACCCUUUACAAUGGGAGCACGGUGUGGGCUAAGCGAAUAUUGUGCUAAGUUAGGACUGCAUGCACACCAUCCGCGAAAUUGUCUAUUUUAUCUACGAGACAAAGAACCGCAUGAAUUACAAACAUUGCUACAGAUGAACAACGUGAAAUACGAAACAGAAGCAGAAGAAGGCAGCGGAGGACGAUGUCCAAUACAAUUGCAGCGAGAAACACCGACUGGUCUUAUAGACGGCACAUGCGGAAGUGAAGCACCGCAGAAUUAUGCAGGAUUAUGCAAGAACCAUUAUCUGGAGUACCUGAGCCGAUUGGUGCGGCGAAACGUGGUCGACCCUCUUCCGAUCCUGGGCGUGGAUGAUCUUGAAACUCUGGUGCGUCGUGCCGCUCUGCGACCCCCACCGCGCCCCUACGGCUCACUAGACGGCCUCUACAAGAGGGGCCUUAUCGAGAUUGUGAGAGAAAAAAUACCUCUUGAUUAAUACGACCAUUACACACUACAACUACAGCCAAUGAAGGACCUCAACAAAAUAGUCAUAAUGUGUUAUUAUCGAGUUCAACACAUUCUCCCAAGUUUAAAAUUUAUUAAUAUAAAUAAUUAUAAUAAAUACCAAAUAAAAUAAUAUUAUCUUCUAGUC